CAUACAUGCAAUUUCCUUUUUUUUGAACGACUAACGCCACGGAUCGAAUGACUACAAAUUUGCCCACAGGCCACAUCUGCUUCAAAUAAUGGAUUAUUCACAUCUGAAAGUUCCUCAACUCAAAGAGGAACUCAAACGACGGGGUUUAAAACCACACGGUCUGAAAGAUCAGCUGGUCUUACGUCUGAAAGACGCAGACAACAUGUUCAAGCAGAACAACCUAAAUCCUGACAUUGGUCAGCUGAUCCGAGCUGGUCCUAACACCCCAACCAGUGGAGAUGAUCCAUCUACACCAGAGGAACUAGAAGCCCUGAGGGAGAUGAGGAAAGUAGACCGAGAGGAGAGAGCAAAGAUUACUCUCUUGAGGAAACCUCUCACUACUUUGCAGUACUUUUUCCUGGAAAUUUGUAUCAUGAUUGUUGGAUGGACACACAGAUUAUGGUCCAACAGAAGAAAAGUAGUAGUUUUCAUCCUGUGUCUUGUAACAAUGGCCAUCUUGUAUCAUCUAGAGGGUUCACAUCAAGUGUAUGUACAGUACUUAGAAAAAAAGACUAUGUGGUGCUUAUACUGGAUAGGACUUGGAGUUCUGUCAUCAGUAGGUCUAGGUACUGGUCUUCAUACAUUCCUACUCUAUCUGGGUCCUCAUAUAGCCUCGGUGACAUUAGCAGCAUUUGAAUGUCAGUCAGUAAACUUCCCAGAGCCUCCUUAUCCUGACAAAAUUGUUUGUCCUGAAUCAAUUGAAGGAAGUUCAGCCAUUUCUAUGACGAUAUGGUCAGUGUUACAGAAGGUUCGUGUUGAAGCUAUUAUGUGGGGUGCAGGUACUGCUCUAGGAGAGUUACCACCAUACUUCAUGGCCAAAGCAGCUCGUCUUUCUGGUGUUGAGCCCGACAGUGAGGAAUACGAAGAGUUUGAAGAGAUGAUGGAACACAGUCAGAACAGUCAACAGGACUUCAUGACCCGAAUGAAAUUUGGGAUUCAACGCUUGGUGCAGAGAGUGGGAUUUUUUGGUAUAUUAGCAUGUGCUUCAAUUCCUAAUCCAUUAUUUGACCUAGCUGGUAUUACCUGUGGUCAUUUCUUGGUACCAUUUUGGACUUUCUUUGGUGCCACACUCAUCGGCAAGGCUGUCAUUAAAAUGAGUAUCCAGACAUUGUUUGUCAUCAUCACAUUCAGUGAACAUUACGUAGAUUUCAUGGUAGACCUGAUUGGGGGCAUCCCCAUGGUUGGUCCUCCUCUUCAGCGACCUUUCCGUGACCUCUUAGCCAAGCAGAAGUCCAAGUUGCAUCGGAAACCAGGGGGUUCAAGCGGUGAUAAGAACAAUCUGCUUGGAUUCCUGUUUGAAAAGCUCAUCAUCGCCAUGGUGAUAUACUUUGUCAUCUCCAUCGUGAACUCCCUUGCCCAGCGCUACUUGAAACGAGUCCAGGAAAAGAAUCGAGAGAAGAGUCAUUGAUGAUUACUUUAUCUCUAGACUAGUCAACAUUUAUUGGGUAACAUUGCUUAUUAUACAGAUUAUAUUAAUUUCUUUCUAUUAUAAUUUUGUUGAGUGGCUGGCAGAAGGGCAAUAGCACACAUUCAUGCUAUAAAGCACAUUUCUUGUAACCCCCUUCUUAGGUCUUGAUUGCACAAUACAUUUUAUACCAGUUUUAUUUUUAAAAAUGGCAGGGAUAUGUCUCUUUAUCGACUAAUAAAGGAGUGAAAAUGAAUGGUUACUACGUAGUUGGGGUAGUUUUGUAUCAAAUAUGCACAUAUAUGUGAAGUUACAGGCAUCUUAAUGCUAAUGACCUUCUGCUGAAAGCAAUAAUGUGUCUUCAUUUGGCAGCAUGGUGCAACAUGCUUAUGCUGUCCUGCCAGCCACACAACAGUUUGGUGGUACUCACAAUAUAUUAUAUUUUUCCAUUCCACUUGUGCACAUUUAUAUACAGAGUUAGGAAUCCUAUAUCCUCGUUCCAUUGGAUUGUGCAUAAAUUUUCAAUCGAUUGAACUUGAUUAGAUUUGAAUUAAUCACUGAUUGCAACUCUUCAUAAGGCUGGGACUUGAGCAUAUCUUCAUGCAUUUUUUCAUUAAUUUGAUCUUAAUUCUAUUUCCUAGGUACUAACAACUGUGAUUUUUCAGAUUUUCUUUUUUGCUUGAUUUUUGAUGAGGCACUUCUUUAUUAAUAACCUGGACAUGAGAUGAGGGCAUUAGUGUGAUAUUAUAAAGGCAGGCUGAUAUUCCAUUUGACAACACCUAUAGUGGAUCUGAAAGAAUUAGGUUUUGCUAAUAUUUUUAUCUGCUAAAACAGUAACAAUAAUAAGAGUGAGGUGGGAUUUUUUUGGUGUGAUUGAACAGUAACAUUGGAAGAAAGUAUUGUCUUUAUACUUGACUAUUGUAUGGGGAAUAGAAAAAGAUGUUUAACAUCGAAUUUGAAAUGCAAUAGACUAAUGAUUUAUAAAGAAACAUGUUAGAUAUGGAACAUGUAUGCAGCACAGGAUAAAAAAAUGAAAAAAAUGUAUCGAUACAGGGCUGUCAACUUUUAGGAACUACUCUGAGGGAGAUUGUGGGGGGGGGGGGGUAGGGUAGUGAGCACUAAAAAUAAAUUUACUCAACACUCAAUAACUUGCAAUGUAUGGAGUUGGGCCAAAAAAAAGGUAAAGGAUUUGAAAUGCUACACAAGAGAGUUACAUAGGAAAUCAUUCUACAGGUGGUACAUAAGCCCCCUUUGUAUAUAAGUACAUGUAUGUAUGUCUAGCAAGUAAUCAGCCAGAUAUGUAAACAACUUCCCACCGAGUAUCCCUCUAGCGCUUUCAAGUCAUCAUUCUCAAAUUCAGAAUGAUGUGAUUUUAUCUCAUUUAAUAAUACAUGUACUUGAUCACUUCACAGUCAGAAGUACAUUUGUCAAAUUAUGAAACCUUGAAUGGGAGUUGAAUUACAAUGUUGCAUAUUGCAGUUGACAAUUUGUUUUCAGUCGUAAGACUGUAGUAUAUGGGAAAAGGCCAUUUUUGUAAUGUAAUAAAGUUCAAUGCGUAUAUCUUUGUUGAA